AUGCGGGGUGUGCAAAUAUUUUCAGGCAAUUCCCAUCCGGGUCUUGCAGAUACUAUCUGUGAGCGGUUGGGUACUUCACCUGCCAAAGCAGAUCUUGGUAAAUUCGCCAAUGGUGAGACCAGUGUCAACAUCGGCACCUCGGUACGGAACCAGGAUGUCUACAUUAUUCAGAGUGGCAGUAGUAAGAUCAAUGACAGCGUUAUGGAGCUUCUGAUCAUGAUAUCCGCCUGCAAGGGCGGAUCUUCCAAGUCGAUUACCGCGGUCAUGCCGUACUUUCCCUACUCGCGCCAAUCUAAGAAGAAGAGCCACCGUGGCGCUAUUACGGCCCGCAUGCUCGCCAAUCUACUUUCCAUCGCCGGCGUCGACCAUGUUAUCACCAUGGAUCUACAUGCAUCUCAGAUGCAAGGCUUCUUCGGCAAACCCGUCGAUAACCUCUUCGCCGAACCGUUUAUUGCCCGCUGGAUCAGGAUGAACGUGGAUGGCUGGAAAGAUGCGGUCGUGGUUAGCAAGAAUGCUGGUGGCACUAAGCGGGUCACCUCGCUGGCCGAUACCUUGAAAUUAAAUUUCGGUAUUGUGACUACCGACCGGCGACGGCCGAAGGUUCCGAUGACCAUGUCUGAUAGCACUGUCUUUUUCGAUGCUAUGGAUGAGGAACGACUACCUAAGGACCAACAGCCCUUUGAGCUUCACUUACAUAGUUCUAAUCCCCCACCGCCCAUCCCCGAGGAGCCGGAAACUGCUAACGCAGCGGCUGCUUUAUUGCGACCCGAAACUCCUCCGGCUGCUCGCCGGCCGUCGGAGUUGGAGGCUGCUUAUGAGUACACUGAUCAUAGAGUGCGGGACGUGGUGACCGGCCGUCUGGUACAGGGUCAAUUAGUGGAUGAUGAUUAUCACCCUGAUUCUGGCUCACAGUCUGACAGCACCACACCCGGUGCUGGUGGUAGUAGCAGCAAGUCCGCUGAGAACACGGAAGCUGUCCCUGACCACAUGUUUAACUCCAUGAUCUCCAAUGCGUCCUCAGUACCCCCAGACCACGCUUUGGGAGGUUCCUUCGACGCUGUUGAGUCCGAUGAUGAGGCUAGUGUCGCUGGUCGCUACGAAGAUGAAAAGACCAUCACUUUGGUCGGUGAAGUGCGCGAUCGGCCAGUGUUCAUUGUCGAUGACAUGAUUGACAAGAGCGGGUCUUGGAUCGCGGCAGCCGAGACAGUUGUCAAGCGUGGUGGCGCUCGCAAGGUGUAUUGCAUUGCCACCCAUGGACUGUUUGGGGCCGAUUCGCUCGAUCAGUUAGAAGAAUGUCCCUCCAUCGACCACAUUGUCGUGACCAACACCUUCCCGAUCUCGCCGUCAAUGCUCAAGCGGUCAAAGAAGUUGAUCGUCAUUGACGUCUCGACACUCCUUGCUGAAAGCAUUCGGCGGCAUCACUACGGUGAAAGUGUUUCGGCCCUUUUCCAUCUUAAUGACUGA